AUGUUUCUAUUUCACUCAAAUCAUCACAACAACAACCACUUGCCCCCAGUUAAAACAAAUGGAAUCGAAUCGCUAAUCGGCAACACUCCACUUAUUCUCAUUAACUCCCUAUCAAACUACUUCAAUUGCGAAAUCUAUGCCAAAUUGGAACUAAAUAACCUAGCUGGUUCUGCAAAAGAUAGAGUCGCCCUAUCCAUCAUCAAAAAAGCUGAAAAGGAUGGUCUAAUCAAACCAAACAACAACGAUGUCAUCUUCGAAGGCACCUCAGGCUCAACUGGUAUCUCGUUUGCUACUAUAGCUAGUCCCUUAGGCUACAAAUGCCACAUCUCUGUUCCUAGUGACACAUCUGAUGAAAAAUUAUUACUACUAAAGACUUUAGGCGCCGAAAUAGACAAAGUCAGUCCUGCUUCAAUCGUCGACCCAAACCAUAACGUCAACAUAGCAAAAAAACUAGCUGACCAACUAACUAAUGAUAAAUCAACCAACAGUGUAGGCUUUUUUGCGAAUCAGUUUGAAAAUGAACAAAACUGGAAAACUCAUUUUGACACAACUGGCCCAGAGAUUUACAGUCAAUUAAAUGCUCAAAUCGACUACUUUGUUCAUGGUUGUGGUACCGGUGGCACAAUAACUGGCGUCUCAAAAUACUUGAAAUCAAAAUCCUCUACUGUCAAAACUUAUCUAGCUGAUCCCCAGGGAAGUGGUUUCUUUAAUAGAAUCAAUCAUGGUGUCAUGUACAACAACGUCGAAAGAGAAGGACACAGAAGAAGACACCAAAUCGAUACUAUCAUCGAGGGAAUAGGUCUUAAUAGAAUCACAAAAAACUUUUUGGCUGGAGAAGACUUAAUUGAUGGUGCCAUUAGAGUCACUGAUGAUCAAGCUUUGAAAAUGGCAAAGUUCCUAUUAGUUAACGACGGUUUGUUUUGGGGUUCCUCUUCUGCAGUGAGUUGUGUAGCUGCUAUUAAAUUAGCACAAAAACAAUCCCAAAAGGGUAAAAAAAUUGUUGUCAUUGCCUGUGAUUCAGGUAAUCGUCAUUUAAGCAAAUUUUGGAAGGAAGCUUCUAAAAUAUCGUCUGAUAUUUCAAUAGAAGAAAUCUUAAAAUGA